AUGACAUUGCUUGACAACUAUUUCUCCAAGUUGCCACUGUUCAAUAACAACAAGGAUGACAAGAAAAGAGGACAGACUACAACAGUGUUGUUGAUCAAUGACCAGUUCAACAGCCCAUUCAAACAAGGUUGGCUACCAAACACAUUGCUCACCUUGGUGUUUGGUGACAGUUUCAAUCAAUACAUUAUGCCUGGUUCACUCCCGCCAUCCCUUACAUGCCUCGAAUUCGGUCAGGACUAUGAUCAACCAAUUGAUAUUAUUCAACCUCAAUCACCAUCAUUAAUAUCAAAGAUCGUCCGUGGAUUGAGUGGCACACCCAAGUCAUCCCCAUUUGAAGGCUCACUUCCACACUCGAUCACCAAGUUAACCUUUGGAUAUCACUUCAAUACUCGCACAAACACUGAGGCACUGCCUCGAGCACUGAUCAGUCUGAAGUUUGGAAGUGACUUUAACCAACCGAUCAAUCUGGACACGCUGCCACAGUCCCUUCAAAGUCUCACAUUCAAUCCACACUACUACCUCGUGCUAGAGUUGGGCAAGUUGCCAGCAUCACUCACACAUCUAUCGACGUGCAAGCUAGACAUCAAUGCAUUGUCAUCAGCAACAUCGAUUAGAUCACUGAUCAAUCAUGCUGAUGGUGUGUCUUGCAUUCCAGCUUCACUCACCAACCUGACACUUGGAGUUGACUUUAAUCAGGUGAUCUAUGUGCGGGCACUCCCACCAGCCCUCAGAUCGCUGACAUUUGGAAACACAUUCAAUCAAAGGAUCGCCCAAGAUGUCCUGCCCAACUCGCUCGAGACCCUAAGAUUCGGCGACCUCUUCAACAAGCCUAUUGAGCCUGGUGUCCUCCCUGCCUCACUCCACACUCUCUCGUUUGGAAUUGAGUUCAAUCAGGCCAUACUACAAGGGGUCUUGCCCAGGUCACUUAUCUCAUUAUCAAUGGGACACUCAUUCGAUCAAGAUCAUCCGGUGUUCCCCGCGUCACUACUUCAUCUCGAGCUUGGAGACUCAUUCCAGCAUGAGUUGCAACGUGGCACAUUGCCCGACUUGUUGGCCACUCUCAAGCUGGGCUUUGCAUUCAGACAGGACUUGGAGACGAUGGCGCAAUGGAUACCGGGCUCCAUCACAAAGCUCACAAUCAGACGACCAGCCGAAAUACUGGACCUGGCCUGUGUCCCCAAGUUGCGUACAUUAUGCGUAUAUUCAACAGAGACAUUGGAGUUGAACAUAUCUCAACUCAUCGCUCAUCCAUGUCUCGAAGCCAUGCAUAUUGAUUACUUCACUGUCUCAUCAGUUGUAUGCUUCAUCAGAUCAAAGAUAUCGGAGAAUGGUGUACCAGCGAGGUGA